ACUAAGUUUCUAGAUUACACCCAAUUUCUAUCAAUUCAGCUCCACAGAACACUCAAUUUGGCUGCGCUGCCAAUCGUUUUACUCGCCACGCUUCUGAUUUUCAUCGCCAAAGAUUGGACAUGGGAAGGUCCCAGUGCGAAUCAGUCGGCCGGUGAAAACUUCAGUCCUGGCAGUGUUCAUUCACUGCUGGGCACGAUCUCUGUGCUGAUUCUAAUUGUGCAACCGCUGAUGGCGUUGAUGCGAUGUCAACCAGACACCGGUGCUCGUCCCAUCUUCAACUGGACGCAUCGUUCGCUUGGAAUCAUCGGAAUUUUCUUAGCAAUUAUAUCGAUUCUGAUCGCGACCAACUCGUUCGUUUCCUUAUGGGGAGAUUCAGCCUGGACGUUCGGUGUCAUGAUCUUCUACAUUGUGAUACUGAUUUUGAGCAUCAUUUUGUUCGAGCUCCUCACCUAUAUGAAAAACAAAGCUCCGAAUAAGACCACCGCUAUGGAAAUGCGCAAUCGCUCCACCCAUCGUUACGACGAUUCUGGACGAGUUAUCAGCAAUCCGCCGAAGAUCAUUAAUUCCAAGCCAUUGCACGGUGUGUUGGCACUGUACGUAUUUUUCGUGCUGUUCUCCCUUUGUGUGGCCGCUUUGCUGAUUGUGAUGCUAUCGGUCUGA